AUGGUACCCUCAGAAAGAAAUAUGCAGGAAAUAAAGAUACCAUUGAAUCAAGCUGCAAAUGAUGGAGGUACUGCCAUUACCAGUAAUGAUAACUCGCCAAUGCCUAGAUCUCUUUUUUCAAUCAACAAUGGUGGAAGAGAUUCAAUUAUGAGAUAAUAGUCAUCAAUAGGAAAAGAAUACAAAAAGGAAUUGUAGAAAUAGAAAUCUGUUAGCAUUUUGAAAUAAGUUCUUGAGGAAAGUAUACUAAGAACGGCUGAAGAUUAGUUUAAUCAGCAAAAAAUGUUUCAAAAAGCUUAUAGAGAGCAUAACUAGUCUCAAUUUAACAACAAUCAUCAUAGGAGUUCAGUUUCAGAAUUAUCCUUCAAAAAAAUCUCUGAGUCAGUCAAAAAAGUUGAUCUGAGCCGCAUUCAUAACUUUGUAAGUGCUAGUCAAUUUAACGAGGUCAUGACUCUGAGACAUAAAAUAGAUCUGCUAGAGAAGGAAAAUGAAGAAUUAAGGGUUCUGAAUAGAGAAAUGAAUGAAUUCAAGUAAAUAUUGGAUCAUCCGAUGGAAGAUAUUGACUAGAGAAGAUAUCACCUACUCAAGUCUUAGGUAAUUUAACUGACUCGAUAAAAUAAAUUACUGAGUGAUACAGUUCAAAGCCAGUCAAGAUUAGUCAGAGAAACUGAGAGGAUGCUACAAUAUCUUGAAGAAGCAGUUAUGCUCUCUUCGAAAAAAGCAGAGUUAAUUUAUUAAAAACGAAGAGAGAGAAUUUUAGAGAAAAAGAGAUAAGAGGAGUUACUCAGAAAAUAGCAAUAAUAUUAAGAAAAUGCUAAAAAGAAGAGAAGAAAGCAAUAGCCUUAACCUGAAUCAAAGGAUGAGGGCGAGACUAUUAAGCUUUAUGAAAUUAGCAUUGAUGAGUAUAAAUCAAGAAUGGAGGAGGAUGAAAUUCAGACACUCGACUAAGUAAGAGAAGAACAAAUAAAAGAAUUGUUUAAGAGUGCUGAUCCAAGGAACUUUAUUCAAAAGCUAAGGUAGACAUUCCAUCACACAGUAAUAUAAGAAAGAAGAGCUUAUCAAGAAAGUUUCUAUGAUUAUCACCCUUUGAUUCAAGCUAAAAGCAGAAACUAUGAUGAAUUUGAAUAUAAUCUCACGAUAAAUUUGAAUCAAGGUCAAAUAUUGAAGUGUGAAUCUACCAUUGUUGAACUAUUUAAGUUGCUAAAUAAUACCUAUGACACUAUCAUCAUUAAAGGAGAAUUCCCAACUUCAAAAUAAAUUAACUAAGCCAAAAUAUAAUUGAGAUAAUCAAUUGAUCAACUGCUACUUCUGGGAUUAUUACCAGUAGGAUAAAUACAUGAGAAUAAGAAGCAUAUUAUAGUAAAAAACUCUAAUCUCAUUAGCCAAAAUAAUUAUGAGCAAUGGGCUAAAUAUGUUUCUGAUAGAGUUCAAAGAGAAACCAUGCCUCGAAUGUUACCUUCAACUUGCGAUAAAUUUAUUUCUGUGAAUAAUGAGUUCAUUGAUAAAGAGAGGCUUUUGAACAUCAUAAGGACAAGUAUGUCUUCAAAGAAAAAUGCUAAGAAACUAAUGAUGAAUCUUAUGUCAGAAGUCUUUUAAAUUAACAACAAGCAUCGAGCAUAAAUUAUACUAUUAUCAAGAGAAAAUACAUUAAUAAAAAAUUUCUAGAAUGAGUCUUAAAAACAUCUGGAGAAAUUUACAGAGUUUAUCUACUCUAAGUAUAACUUCUUUGCCAAAGAUUUCAAAUAGCAUUUCUACAAGCCUUACAAGGAACUUUGUCUAACUUAUAAAGAGUGCAAACUUCAUGAUAAUGCCAAGAAAUAUGUAAUGGCCUUUCUGGAGCAAUUUGAAAAAACUUCAAGUGAUCAUUUUUAAAAAGCUUUUGAUUUGUUCUACUAAGAGUAGGGACCUGAUUUGAAAAUUAAUGAUAGAUUGGAAGAUUUAAUUAGAGCUUAUAAUGCUAAUCAAAAGCUUUUGAUGUAAAAUUUAAAUGAUUACGAAAAAAUCAUGAAUAUAAGAUUUAAAAAGGAUGAGGAAUAUCAGCACCUUUUGAAGUAAAAGUAAAUUGAAGAGGAUAAAAGAUUAGCUGAACUAAAGGAAAAAGAAUAAAAUGUGGAUGAAGAUGCUAAUGAAAAUUAGAAAGGAAUGGACAAUUAUGAAACAUUUGUAAAAGAAAUUAAAAAAGUAAAUAUCUAUAAUUAGAAAAGUCAUUGA